ACGCCAGUCUGGACUCACGUGGGGCAGGCCCACGUGACGCGUGCCCUAGUCCAACAUGGCGGCGCCCAGGGGGCGCGGGCUGCUCUUCCUGCCGGCGCUGCUCGGCUUGCUAGGGGCGGCGUGGUGCAGCCUGGGCUCGAGGGUUUCCCGCGACGAUGACCUGCUGCUGCCUUACUCGCGCGCGCGCGCGCGAACCUUGCGGGACUGCGCCCGGGUGCGCGCGGGCAGCCUGGAGCACGAGAGCUGGCCUCCGCCUCCGCCGCCCCCGACCCCAGGCGUCAGCCCGCACCCAGUGGUGCGCGCCUUCGUGUCGCACUUCAGCGGCCGCGCGGUGGCUGGCCACCUGACGCGGGUCGCCGCGCCCCUGCGCACCUUCUCGGUGCUGGAGCCCCGGGGACCCGGAGGCUGCGCGCAGAGACGCCGCGCCACCGUGGAGGACACGGCCGUCCCGGCCGGCUGCCGCGUCGCGCAGAACGGUGGCUUCUUCCGCAUGGGCACCGGCGAAUGCCUGGGGAACGUGGUGAGCGACGGGCGGCGGGUGAGCAGCUCCGGGGGGCUGCAGAACGCGCAGUUCGGGAUCCGCCGCGACGGGACCCUGGUCACCGGGUACCUGUCUGAGGAGGAGGUUCUAGACACUGUGAAUCCAUUCAUUCAGCUGCUGAGCGGGGUCGUGUGGCUCAUCCGCAAUGGAAGUAUCUACAUCAAUGAGAGCCAGGCCAUCGAGUGCGACGAGACACAGGAGACAGGCUCUUUUAGCAAAUUUGUGAACGUGAUAUCAGCCAGGACAGCAGUGGGUCACGACCGUAAGGGGCAGCUGGUACUGUUCCAUGCAGAUGGACAGACGGAGCAGCGUGGCAUCAACCUGUGGGAGAUGGCGGAAUUCUUGCUAGGACAGGACGUGGUCAACGCAAUCAACCUGGACGGAGGUGGUUCUGCCACAUUUGUGCUCAACGGGACCCUGGCCAGUUACCCCUCAGAUCAUUGCCAGGACAACAUGUGGCGCUGUCCCCGCCAUGUGUCCACUGUGGUAUGUGUACACGAACCCCACUGCCAACCACCCGACUGCAGCGGCCAUGGGACCUGUGUAGACGGCCACUGUGAGUGCACAGGCCACUUCUGGAGGGGCACAGCGUGCAACGAGCUGGACUGUGGCCCAUCCAACUGCAGCCAGCAUGGGCUGUGCACAGAAACUGGCUGCCACUGUGAUGCUGGGUGGAUGGGAUCCAACUGCAGUGAAGAGUGUCCCUUGGGCUGGUAUGGGCCAGGCUGCCAGAGGCCUUGCCAGUGUGAGCACCAGUGUCCCUGCGACCCCCAGACUGGUAACUGCAGUGUCUCCCAAGUGAAGCAGUGUCUCUGGCCAGCUGAAUCCACAUCAAGGGCAGGAGAGAUGGCCUUUUUCACCAGAACCACCUGGCUGGUGCUCACGCUGGUCCUGGUUUUCCUGCUUCUGAUCAGCACCGUGGCCAAUGUGUCCUUGCUCCUGGGCUCCAGGGCAGAGAGGAACCGACACCUGGGUGGGGAGUACGCCUACCACCCUCUGCAGGAGAUGAACGGGGAACUGCUGGCCACCGAGAAGGAUCAGACAGAGGAAAGCCACAGCCCCUUCAAAGAUUGACAGAACCCUGAGCUUCCCAGGUAGCCAGGCCCGGCUUCUGCAGGGAAAGUCUUCAGGCCAUUGGCAUGGACACUGCACGCUGCACCCCUUGCCUGGCCGUGCCCUACCUGUCCACCUGGCGUGGCUCAUGGCCCAGCAAUACAGAGCUCUGGAGAGCCUGCACCUGCUUCCCCACCUGCCUGUGUCUGCUGCCCAGAGGCCUGUCCCCCACAGGGGUCUACGCCACUACCAGAGAUUCCCAGGAGUUCACUAGGAAAUGGAACUCAGUGACCUAAUCAUGACAGUGGCUGAUCCAGCUGGGGCCUCUGCACAGUAAAGAGUCGCCCACUGGCCUAGCCACAGCACCAAGCCCUCUUAUGCAACCUUACUCCUGAUUUGCCAACUAGAAUUCUGCCUCCUGUCCUGUCCUAUAGCAGGAAGCUCCUCAAAGAAGGGACAGGGAGGGAAGGAAGUCGCCAUGUUUACACACCUAUUUUUGUCAGCCUGCUGCCUAAAGGAGUUUUCUAUCACUUGAAUAAAUUGAGAUAUGAAAAGGAA